AUGGAUGAUUACUAUUGCAAAGCAUACCCCAACAUUUAUUCCACCGAUUACACUACAGAAAUCACUCCAUCUCUCAAUUGCAAUUACUUCAAUAUAGAGUUUGAGUACACAAAUAUGUACGUUUUAAAUGCUAGAAAGUUUCAAACUUUUUGUGACACUGAUGUUCACACUUUUUCAAAUGUCUCAAUAGAUAAUAAAAUAAUGCAAGAAUCUACUAUUAUUCCAUGGCUUUCUAAAAUUAAUGUUCCUCAAGAUGCUUUUCGGUUGGUUGUGGCGAAUAUCUUGGAAUGUGCUAAUGAUAUGGUUAGAAGUUCAAGGAAAAACAAAAACCUUAGGGUUUUUUCGAUUCGAGUGGAUUUUGUUGUUACAAGGGCUAGUGAAGAUGAAAGUGAUGAAGACUACGACUACAAAAAUGAAGAUGAAGAAGACGAAGAGAGUGUUUUUGAAGAUGAAAUGGAAGUUGAAGAAGAAGAAAAUAAUGGGUUGGUUCCCGCGGCUAGAUCGUGUAUUGAGGAAUUGGAGAUGGUGAAAGUUGAAGAAGUUGGAAAAUGUCCAAUUUGUUUUGAAGAUUUUAAUGUUUGUGUUCGAAUGCCAUGUUUGCAUAUGUUUCAUAUGAAUUGUAUUCGUGAUUGGUUGGAGGUAGGAAAUUCUUGUCCUUUGUGUAGGUUUAAAAUGCCCACUAACAAAAUUGAAUAA